AUGGAGAAUAACUUUGGAAACCCCUCAGAUUCUCGGGGAAAUCCCCCAUCUCUGGUUCCACUGACCAUUCCAACCUCCCCUGCCGACCAUCGCACACUUUCAGCAGCGAACGCCAUACCCUCUGGCUCACCUUUCGCUUCCCACACACCUUCCACGGCUUAUCCAAGCCCUCUAUCAGCCACCACCCCAUCGGCCGCUUCACAUACACCUCAAACAGUCCAUCUCGAACCUCCCGAGGUGGCUGUUUCAUUCGCCAGCUCAUCGACUGCUCUAUAUGCACCCAAUACGCACCCUCCAACAAUACCUCCUCUUCCGGAACGUAAAUGCGGCUGCCCAAAAGGGAGCGCGAAAAUCAAGCCGGUGACAUACAGCCCGCGUCGAAUACUCGGACGGCCUCUUUGA